CUCUGCGAGUAAUGUACACCACGUUACGAUGGAUGAUUAACGCGCGGUACCUCCCCUUUAUAAGCGUGUAUCGGUUCUGUCUCUCUAUAUAUAUCCCAAUUAUGCAGUGCAAACUCAACGCUACAACCACCUGUAGGUAACACGGACGCCGACCGCUGGACAACGAACUCACCAUGCCAUACGACACAGCUGAGGCGAGCGGACUGCGAGACCAGUGACUGUCGCAGCCGUGUUUCAGGGGGGUUCUCAGCGUCCGUCAGCGACAAAGCUGGUUGAUUUAACUGAGCGGAGUACUUUAGGAACGAUCGGGACACUAUGGCUUCCAACGGAGGGAGAGCUGAGAACGGCAUCGCCUUGACGAGUAGUAACAUUGCCCUUACAGAAAAGCCAGCCAUCACUUUCACAAAGAACAAGCGCUCGACUCUAGAGAAAUGUCUGAUUGCCGUAUCCGCCAUCUUGCUACUGGCUGCCAUUGCCUUCCUCGUCGCCUUUGUCGUAUAUUACGAGAAGACGGAGGAACUACAGAAUGUGUGCACAACAGAGGAAUGUGUAAUGGCAGCCUCCCGCCUGAGCUCGGUGAUGGACUCCUCAGUCAACCCAUGUGACAAUUUCUACGACUUCGCCUGCGGGUCUUGGAUGAAGAAGAACGUCAUCCCUGAAGACAAGUCAAGCCUCGACAUGUUUGGUGUGCUCCGGGACGAAGUCCUCGUCAUACUAAAAAAUCUCCUGGAGACAGAGCGGGAGAAUGAGAUUGAGUCGGUGAAGAAGGUGAAGGCACUGUACUCUUCCUGCAUCAACGAAACGCAGCUGGAAGAGCGAGGUGCCGAGCCAGCCCUGCAGUUCCUCGUGUCCCUGGGGGGCUGGCCGAUGAUCAACACGUCGUGGAGGGAGGAGAACUUCGACCUGGUGGGGUCGCUCAUCCAGCUACGGAAGUACAACAACCACCCCAUCCUCAGCAUGAACGUCGGCACCGACCUCAAGAACUCUUCCCGACGAAUUCUCUACGUUGACCAGUCCGACUUCGGCAUGCUAGGACAGAAGUACUACCAGCGAGGGCGCGAUGACGUCAUGUUGAUGGCGUACGAGAAACUCAUCACCAAAAUAGCCUCUGAACUUGGUAAUCACAGCAUAGAUGUGACAGCGGACGUCAAGGCCAUCGUGGACUUCGAAAUACUGUUGGCCAAUAUCUCCGUGCCUUCGGAGGACCGGCGAGACAGCGAGGACCUGUACAACGUGUUCAACAUAUCCCAGCUAGCAGUCAGCUACCCCAAGUUUGACUGGUUGCGGUAUUUCCAAGAAUUGCUGAACAUGACGGAGGUGUCGCUGGAGGUGGGGGAGGGAGAACCAGUCAUCAACAGGUCUCCUGUGUACUUUGAGAAACUGAUGGUACUGCUUGAGGCCACGUCCAACAGAACACUAGCGAACUACGUUGUAUGGCGUAUCAUGAUGAACAGAGCUCACAAUCUGAACGAGAAAUACAGAGAUUUCUUCCAGGAAUAUGAAAAGGUGAUCUACGGAACGUCGACGUCGAGAGCCAGGUUCCGCACCUGUGCAUCUUAUGUUGUCAAUAACGUUGGCCUGGCUGUAGGCAGGAUGUUCGUCGACGCCACGUUCGAUGAAGCCUCUAAAACGAACGCGGACGAGAUGAUUGCCAACCUCCGAGCGUCCUUCAAGGCAUUACUUGGCGAACUCGACUGGAUGGACGAAGCAACCAAGGCCGUCGCCAGAGACAAGGCUGAUGCAAUUAAUCCGAAGAUUGGCUACCCAAAUGAUAUAUUGAACAACACACUUCUCAAUACACUCUAUGAAAAUAAUACCUACGAUUCCAUGAAGUAUUUUGAGAACGUUCUGCAGAACAUCCAGAGGUCAACGAUCAAUAAUCUGAAGACACUCCGGCAACGGGUGGACAGAAAUGUGUGGUCCACAGCGCCGUCAACGGUCAACGCAUUCUACAACUCGCUCACAAACCAGAUCAUGUUUCCAGCAGGGAUUUUACAACCACCAUUCUACAGCAAGACCUACCACAAGUCCCUGAACUAUGGCAGUAUCGGUGUGGUGAUUGGCCAUGAGAUAACCCACGGCUUCGACGAUAGAGGGCGACAGUACGACAAGAAUGGUAACCUUGUCCAAUGGUGGAGCGACGACGCCAUCGACAAGUUCAAGGUCAAGGCCGACUGCAUCAUCGACCAAUACUCCCAGUAUACUGUGCCCGAGGCGGACAUGAAGAUUAACGGAAUUAAUACUCAGGGUGAAAACAUUGCCGAUAAUGGCGGAGUUAAGCAAAGUUAUAGGGCGUACCGGAAGUGGGUAGAGGAGCAGGGCAAGGAGGAGCAAUUACUUCCGGGUCUCAAGUACAACAACAAUCAGCUGUUCUUUAUCAGCUUCGCACAGAUCUGGUGUUCCAACAUGAGGCGAGAGAACGCAAUCAGUCGGAUCCUUACGGGCGUUCACAGUCCAGGUAGAUUCAGAGUUAUAGGCACUAUGCAGAACUCACAGUACUUCAGCGAUGCAUUCAACUGUCCCCGUACGUCGUAUAUGAACCCCGAGAAGAAGUGCUAUGUCUGGUAGAGUGGCUGGCUAAGGACUACUUCCACCACGUGCAGGGACAACACGGUUACCUAGUGGAGGUGGUGACAGGUGUCAUUGGUUACCUCGUGGGUGUUGGUGACAGGUGUCAUUGGUUACCUCGUGCAGGUGGUGACAGGUGUCAUUGGUUACCUCGUGGUUGUUGGUGACUGGUGUCAUUGGUUACCUCGUGCAGGUGGUGACAGGUGUCAUUGUUAACUUGUGGGUGUUGGUGACAGGUGUCAUUGGCUACCUCGUGCAGGUGGUGACAGGUGUCGUUGUUACCUCGUGGGUGUUGGUGACAGGUGUCAUUGGUUACCUCGUGGGUGUUGGUGACAGGUGUCAUUUGUUACCUCGUGCAGGUGGUGACAGGUGUCAAUGGUUACCUCGUGCAGUUGGUGGAGACAAGUGUAAUUGUUACCUCGUAUGGAAAAUGGAAAAUUACGUACCUUCAUAAAUAAUGUUCUAAUGCAUGGUACUUAAAAACAUAUCUGAAAUCAAUUGCUUUAAGACGAUCACGUAUGUUUAGGGUACUGGAAAUCAGGUGAUAUUCGAUACACUAAAAGGCUACAGUAAAUGAUUUUAUAAGCUGGAUCAGUAGGCCGAUGAAACCAUACCUAACGAAAAGUGAAAAUGAACAUUAAGGAAAUGAAAUGUUCUAUGUAUUAAUGUAUACUAUGUAUAUUAUAUUGUUUUAGUCCUGUACAAAUAUGUAAUUAUCAUUGAAUCUUUUACACUUUGUCUUAAUGAAAGAUAGUUUUCAGUUGAUCAAGUCGGUAUUUAUAAUGUAGUAUCAUCGUCAAUACUUCACAGGUCUUGUAUACACUUCGUUCCUGACGCGCGUCUAUUUUAAGUCAGGAAAUGAAACGAGGCCGUGCAUAACUCAAGGCAGUCAAAUGAGCCCUACACCACGCAUGCGCGAAUCCUACAACAUGAACAACGUGUAGAGUAGACUGGUUCCCGGAUCCUCCGCUUGGUGCAAUCUCAUUAAAAUCAGACCUCAGUUCUCGCUACCGCUAAACAAAGAUCUGAGGACAUACCAUUAGGGGUCACGUCAAUACGACCUUU